AUGGCUUCUGAGGAGUCGGCUCCCACCACAGAGGUCCCUGUGAAGGUGCCACAACCUGCCGAUGGCGCUCCUCCGCCUUUAGCUCAGCCUGCCUCGGGGACAGUUGCGGAGAUGUCGGGAGCUGUUCCCGCCGAGAAAUCUACCGCGACCGAACCAUCUCAAAGCACAGAUGCUGCAACGGCGAAUGGACCUGUCGAGACCGUAUCAGAACAAGCUAAGGAACCGGAAAAGCCCGCGACUGAAUCUGAAGCUGCGCCAGCUGUUGAGGAUAUGGAGAAGAAAGAGACGGAUGACGCAGCGACUGCUCAACCGGAGACCAACGGGACAGCCUCUGCCGACAAGAAGUCCUCGAGAAGAAAGUCAUCUGCCGCGGAGUCCAAGAGCAAGAAGCCCAAUAAGAGGAAAUCCAUGUCUAAAAUCACUCACGUUGAUGCCGAACCGGGCGACUACUAUCUGGCCAGGCUCAAAGGGUUUCCCCCUUGGCCAUCAAUCAUCGCGGAUGAAGAGAUGCUUCCUGAAAUGAUGAUCAACACCAGGCCCGUCACCACCAAGAAGUCCGAUGGAACCUAUAACGAAGCCUACGCAGAUGGCGGUAAGAAAGUGGAUGAACGAACAUUCCCAAUCAUGUUCCUCGGCACAAAUGAAUUCAUGUGGAUUCACAAUAAGGACCUUACUCCAUUGACGCCCGAUGAGUGCAAGGACGUCCAAGAAAAGGGCAAAAGCAAACCCCUGCUUGCCGCAUACAAGGUUGCGGCUGAAGGUCACGACUUGCAAUUCUUCAAGAACAUGCUUGACGAGCAUGCUGCAGCUUUGCAGUAUGAAUUCGAUAUGAAGGAGGCCCGAGAAGCUGAAAAGGCCGCCAAAACUGACAAGAAGAAGCGCAAGAGCGAGGCCAAAGUUGAAACCGAGGACGUAGAGAUGGAAGACGCUGAUGUCGAUGUCGAGCCCAAGAAGUCGUCGAAAAAGCGCAAGAAGGAAGUCGACGAAGAGGAAGACGAAGACGAGAAGCCAGCAAAGACCCCCAAGACCACGAAGAUCAAGUUGACUACCAACAAGACUCCUAAGACUGAAGAGAAGAAGCCUAAGGAGAGGGCAACCAAGGCGAGAUCGGAAAAGAGAAAGUCCCGCGCCGCCCAAGAGGACGACGAAAUGGCGGAUGUAGCCGAACCGGAACCAGAGGAGAAGCCUUUGGACCCAGUUGAGGCACGCAAGACUCGCGAGAAAGAAGUCCUAUUUCUCCGCCACAAGCUACAAAAAGGGUUCUUGUCCAGAGAUCAAGCUCCUCAAGAAGACGAGAUGGCGACGAUGGCUACAUACAUCAAGAAGCUCGAAGCCUACGCGGACAUCGAAGUUAGCAUCAUUCGAAGCACCAAGAUCAACAAGGUCUUGAAAGGUAUUAUCAAGCUCAAUACCAUCCCCAAGGACGAAGAGUACCAGUUCCGAAAGCGCUCUGUGGAUCUUUUGAGCCAGUGGAACAAGAUGCUUGGUGCGGAACCUGCCGACGGCGAUGCUGCCGGUGACAAGGAGACUGCUACGAACGGGGUCCAUGAUGAAAAAUCCGAAGAAGCUCCAGAAGAAGAGAAGAAGGAAGAGUCUUCUGCUCCUCCUGAAAAGCCCACGGAGGCGGCCGAGGAGAAGGCCACGGCUGCACCUGAGGCGGAGAAACCUGCAGCGGACGCAGAGCCAAAGCCAGCCGAGGCCGAGGCCGAAGAGCCAGCAAAGACUGAAGCGGCGGUGCCGGCGGUGCCUGCAGUGCCUGAAACCGUGGAAAAGGCUCCAGAGUCAGCAACGGCUGCUACCGAAGCUGCGGACGUUGUCAAAGCGGCUGAGUGA